AUGUCAGAUGGGGUGCCACCCGGUCAGGUUGAAGAGUCUCAGAAUGCCUUAGACAUAGCGCUGUCGGCUCCCUCUCUUAUCGACUGUUUUGCGAUGUUCGAGGAGGCAGAUCUUAGAAGAAAGUUUGCAUAUGCCACAGGUGUCUCUGGAUGGGAUAGGACCGUCCUCGCAGUGCUUCUCGAAGAUCACACGGCGCCGGUGAUAUGCUUGGCGUGGACUCACCGAUCCAUCCCUCUUUCGACAACAAAGUGCUGGAUUUUGGAUGUCACCUCUGACCCUGUAUCGGAUGUCAAGCGCUGGGUUGUCGCAAACGGUUUCGGGCCAAAAUUACGCAAGAUCGGUACCGUCCGUAGCUAUCCAGCUCUGGUCGAGGACAAGCCCACUCGUAUUAGGGAUGUCGUGUUUGUCUAA